AUGUUGAUAAGUAAAGUACUGAUGACCAUCGCCACGGUGGGCGGUGCAACCAUCGUCUCUGGACAGCUUGUCGGAUCUACGAUCCUUCAAAUCCUCAACACCACACAAUUAUCACCAGCUACAAAGUUUGUGGAUUUACUUACUUCGUCGCCUGAAUACCGUCCCAUCUUGAAGCUCUUGUCAAGUCCUGGUAAUCACACGAUCUUUGUUCCAUCCGACAAGGUCUGGGAAGAAAUGCAGCAACAACAACAACAACAGCAAAACUCUACUACUGAGGGAGGAGCCGGUGGUGGUGGCAGCAGUGCUUCAACUUCAUCAGAUGCUAUGAUGCCCACCGACGGCACAUCACCAAACGAUCAAGAGCCUGGUGGUAGCGGUAGUGAGCCUCCAUCUGGUAGUGGAACUGGAGGCGGACAACAACCAGAAGGUGGUAACGGCCAACAACCUGGAACCGAUGAACAGCCUGGCUUGUACCAAAUUCCAGGUGGGCCCGGCAUCGAUCUGAACGGCGAAUGGCUGAAAAACGCGCGAAUUCUCCAGCAGCAGCAGCAACCUCCAUCCGGUCAAGAGUCGACAACACAGCCAACAUUUGGCAGUGGCGGUGGCGGUGGCAGUCAAACGCAUCCUGCUGUUAGUCAGACAAAUCCCGCUGGCAGCCAACCGACCACGACAUCGCCAUCUUCUUCGCAACAACAAAACGAAUCAAACAACCCAUUUGCACAAGGUCCAUUACAGAACUUUACCGUCGACGAUGUUAUUCGCUAUCAUAUCAUCAAUGGCACCUAUUUACUCAACCACCUGUCUAAAAAUGAAACGAUGAUUCUGUCAACCCUCUUAACCAACCACACCGUGGACAAAAUCGGCAAGGGCUUGCCACUGGUUGUCACUUCGUUGAACGAGACCGAUAGCAGCACCAGCAAUGACACCCAAGAUGGCGGUGCUGGUGGUGGCUCAUCACAAGAAACCACUGCAAUUGAUGGUUCGGCGAGCGAUACGUCGGUUGAGCCAACCCCAGCUGCUACUGACUCAAUGCCUACUGGUGCGGGUGGCGCUGAGCCAACGGAUCAAGGGCAACAACCAGAUCAGCAGCAACCCGACCAGCAGCAGCCAGAUCAAGGUCAACAACCCAACCAGCAGCAGCCCGAUCAGCAACAACCUGGACAACAGGAAUCACCAAACGAUCAAAAUCAAGGCCAAGGCAAUCCUGGAACUUGGUGGUUUACCAGACUCUUUUAUAAUUUGUCUCAAGGAAAGAAUAAGAGGGCAGCCGACUCGUCUCAACAACAUGAAGAUGGCAUGCACAACCAAACAUUGAACUAUACUGUCGGUAACGGUCUUCAAUUUGCCAACGUGUCGCUUCACGACAUUGUGGCAUCCAACGGCGUUAUCCAUGUUAUUGAUAAUGUGCUUAUCCCACCUCAAGCGCCUUCUCAAGUCAUUGAGAAUGCGACCAAUGUAACCUCAUUCGGCCAAUUGCUUGAACAAGUCAACAUCAAUAGACUUUCAAAUAUAACCGUUUUCGCACCUAGCGAUGAGGCUAUGCAAGCUUAUGACACAAGCUCUCUGGACGAACAAUCAGCUCGUCAAUUGGUUGCAAGCCAUAUUGUUCAGAACGAUGUUAUUUAUUCUACAAACGUAACACACUCCAAUGAGCAACGGCAUCAAGGUGGAGGUCAGCAACAAGGUGGAGGCCAGCAACAAGGUGGAGGCCAGCAACAAGGUGGAGGCCAGCAACAAGGUGGAGGUCAACAACAAGGUGGAGGCCAGCAACAAGGUGGAGGCCAGCAACAAGGUGGAGGUCAACAACAAGGUGGAGGCCAGCAACAAGGUGGAGGCCAGCAACAAGGUGGAGGUCAACAACAAGGUGGAGGUCAACAACAAGGUGGAGGUCAACAACAAGGUGGAGGUCAACAACAAGGUGGAGGUCAGCAACAAGGUGGAGGUCAGCAACAAGGUGGAGGCCAGCAGCCACAGCAACAAUCGACUCCAUUGACACAACAAGCCCAAAAACGACAACAGCAACAGAACCCCCCUCCAGCCUCUUCUGGAGGUAGCAAUGGCGGCGGCGAGUCUCAACCACAGCAAGGUGGUUCAGGUAGCAAUAACGGAGAAAGCAACGGUGGCAAUGGUCAACAGCAGCAGCAACAAGGUCUGAAUGUGCAAUCGGCAGGUGGAGAGCAGCUUAUGCUGCAGCCGGUGGACAACACAACAUUCACUGUGAAUGGAGCCCAGGUUGUCAAGCCCAAUAUCCUAAUGGAUAACGGUGUCAUGCAUGUUAUUGACCAAGUUCUCGGCUCGUCGCAGGGACAGCAACAGCAGCCUUCUUCUUCUGAAGGAGGUGGUAGCGCACAGCCUCAACAGAGUGACCAGCCAUCCUCUUCUAAUGGAGGAGGUUCAACAGGAAGCCAACCUCUAUAG